AUGAACGACUUUGGCCAGUAUGGCGGCUCCGACGAGGAGUUCGCCAACGUCCGCAAGUAUCAGGCCGAAGUGGAAGCCGACCCGGACAACUUUGAGAGCUGGGAGAACCUCCUCAAGGCCUGCGAGGCCCUCGAGGGCGGACUCAGCCGCAACUCGAGCCCCCAGGCUCUCGCUGUCUUCCGCGAUUCCUACGAUCGCUUCCUCACCAAAUUCCCCCUCUUCUUUGGCUACUGGAAAAAAUAUGCCGAGCUCGAGUUCAACAUCGCUGGCACUGAGUCGGCUGAAAUGGUCUACGAGCGAGGCUGCUCCUGCGUUACCCAUUCGGUCGACCUGUGGACCGAGUACUGUCGCUUCAAGAUGGACACGACCCACGACCCCAAAAUCGUCCGAGGCCUAUUUGAGCGCGCUGCCACUUUUGUCGGAAUCGACUUCAUGUCCCACCCUUUCUGGGACAAGUUCAUCGAGUACGAGGAGCGCCGAGAGGCUCACGAUCGCAUCUUUGCGAUCUUGAUUCGCGUCAUUAGCAUCGCCUUGCACCAGUUCAAUCGCUACUAUGACCGGUUUCGCACCAUGUCGCACACUCGCCCCCUCAGCGAGCUUGUCCCCGCAGACGUGCUGAGCCGUAUCCAGGCCGAGGUGCAAGCUGAGUUGGAGGCGCAAGGUGGUGGCCAACGACCCGAGCUGGAGAUUGAUCGUGAGAUCCGGGCCAAAAUCGACGCCCUCUACUAUGAAACACACAUGGGAACGCAGAAUGAGACGUCGAAGCGCUGGACCUUCGAGUCGGAGCUCGGGCGUCAAUUCUUUCACGUGACAGAGCUGGACCACGCUCAGCUCAACAACUGGCGCAAGUACCUGGAUUUUGAAGAGGCAGAGGCCGACUUUCACCGCGUCGUGGGCCUCUACGAGCGAUGCCUGGUUGCCUGUGCCAUGUACGACGAGUUCUGGUUCCGCUACGCCAGAUGGAUGUCUGCGCAGGCCGGCAAAGACGAAGAGACGCGCCACAUUUACAUUCGAGCGUCAUUUUACGUGCCCCUUAGCCGCCCUGGCAUUCGGAUGCAGUGGGCGUACUUUGAGGAAAGCCACGGCCGGGCUGAUGUGGCGCAAGACAUUCACGAGGCCAUUCUGAUGAAGCUUCCUGACUGCAUCGAGGUCAUCAUCUCUGGGGCCCAUCUUCAGCGCCGCCAGAAGGGUCUCGAGGCCGCCGUCCAGGCUCUCAAGGAUCAGAUUGACGCUCCUACCGUCGACCUGUACACAAAGGCCGCGCUCGUGGCUGAGUGGGCCCUGCUGUUAUGGAAGUUCAAGGGCUCUGCGGAGCAGGCUCGCGCCGUGUUUCUUAAGAAUGCGCAGUGGUACGGGGACAGCCGCAACUUUUGGGAGAAGUGGUUUCAGUUUGAGCUGGAGCAGCCGACGCACUCGGACGAGGGGGCGGAAACUGCUCAGCGGGUGAAGUACGCAUUUGACGAGUUCCGGAGCAAGAGCCGCCUGUCGCCUGCGGUAAAGAAGGAGUUGACGCAGGUCUACCUGGAUUUCCUGGUUCGUCACGGCGGCAAGGACUCGAUGAAGGAGUACAUUGAGGUUGAUCGAGAUACGUUUGGUCCGUCGUCGGUGACGGGCGCGUCGACGAUGCAGGCUGGCGCAAGGGAGAAUGGGGCUGCAGGCCCAGAGCUCGACGAGGCUAGCAAGCGCAAGGCUGAAUCCAGGAUGUUCUUCUUCUACGAAGCGCACAUGGAGCCCAACGCGGCGAUGCAGGGUCCCGCCGACUUCAACUAA